GUUAUUAUUCCUGGAAUUUGGAUCCUCGUAGCAAUAAAAAGUAUCCCAAGAUUCAUGAAACGGAGCCGUUUUGCGAAGGAAAAUAUUUCUAACUACUGCAUUUCCUUAUUAGCUGAGGAAAGUGAAAAGGCCCUUUCUGCUGUUUACUCUUCAAUUGAUUCUGUUUUGUUGAUUUUGCUUGUCUUGUUACACUCUAAGAUCGUGUACACUUUGUGGUUCAAGCACAGUGAUAAUGUACUUACACCUCAUCAACAGGUAUGCGGUAGGACACAACUAGGUUUAGCCCCGGAAAGUGGGAUACUCAACAAUGCAUUAUACGGGGAGGCUCCCCUUUGAUGUCCGACCCCUUAUCCUUUUAUAUACUAUCUUUGACAGAAGAUCGACCCUUUUCGGGCGUGGCCUCCCAGUAUAGGCAAUUACAGGAAGUACCCCCCUGGGAUUUAGCUGGCAUUUAACGGGGUUUACUCCCUCCCUUACGUAUUAAAGUAAUAAAGGUGUGUCUGGCAACAAAGGCUUAUGUUAUUUUGACCAUUACGGUGUUUUGGGUUUCAAAUAGUGUCAAGUUUCCUGCUUCCUGAUCUUACAGUUUGGACUCUAGGGUUUAAAUUUUUUCAUCAUACAAAACAACUUAUUAGGUUUCAAUUCCGGCUAUCUUAAGUUGGACCCAAAAUUUAAGGUUUCAUGGUCAUAACAAAGGUAGACAAGACGAAACACUCGGUUUUAUAGGUCACUUAUAUUGUACACUUGGGUAACCUAUGGUUUAUGUAUUUGUUUUGUAUACAGGGUGUGUUGAGGUUAAGAAAGCGGGUCACCCUAACGGCUGUUACCAUCACUGCCAUUCUUGUAAUGUCUUGGGGAGCUGACGGAAUAUUGCACCUGAUACAAGAAUAUGCUGGCUCCGUGAAACUGAGUCCUUUAGCAACUCCUAUCGCGCACACGAUAAUGAUAUUUAACUCUGUCGUCAAUCCCUUUGCUUACGCUUUGCUGAACCAAAGAUUCAGGACGAAAGUGAAGGAAAUGGUAUGUUCGCGUUGUUUUGGAACAAGGGUUCAUCCUAUGAGCCCGCAACAGAGUGAACGACAAGACAACGAGGUGGCAAUCAGCACUGGUAACAUCCCUAUGACAUGAACCAACUGAGUGACAGGUUGAAGACAAUUCUCUGGAAGAAUGUGUGUCCACAGUAAUGGACACUGACGUUGCUAUCACCCUGCGACCGCACCCUGUUUCGUGUAAUCAGUUUUUCGUCUUUGUUUUUGUUCAUUGCAUCUUCCUUUCUGUUAUCACUAAGUUUAAGGCAAAGAGAAUCCAUAUAAAAUAAAUUAUGGACGACGCAAGUCCCUGCCAUUCUCGUUUGUUUCGGCUGUAUAGUUAGUUCUCGUAGCGAAAUCGUCCAGCAUGAUGUCACACUAAGAAGAGGUAAUUAACUUUUGGACUGAACGAUCUACCCCGACUGUGACGACUGUUGGAAGUGGUCGAGUAAAGGAAGUAGCGAAAGUAACAAAACAGUGAAAUAAAAUCCGUCAACCUUCACUCUCAGGUGUCAAUGCUUAAAUAUUAAAUAAACAUUAUGGUACUUUUAGUCUUCCCCUAUGAAAACAAGUUUCCUUUGGUUGAAACAUGCCGUUUGAACGGCUUUUAAUAAUAAUUUAAUAUUUAUAUUGCGCAAAAUACAUAUAAAUAUGAUCAAAUGCGCAUAAUGACGCUGACGAUGACGACAAUGGCGAUGAUGAUGAUAACGGGGGAUGGUGGGUGAGGAGGAGGAGGGGAAGGAGGAAGAGGAGGAGGAGGAGGAGAAGAAGGAGGGGGGAGAAGAAAAGUAAAACUGAUAAAACUUACGAUCGAUUCCUGGCCAGAAGAACUCUCUACACAUGGCGUUUACAGGGUGAACAACAGGACAACGACACUGGUCACACUACUUGCAGCAUUCCGAUGACACAGCAAGACCAACUGGGUGAAAGGGCGGGGACAACUUCCCAGGAAAAUGUGUAUCGAAAGUGACGGGCAUUUCCGUAUUACCUUUGGCCUCGUUUUCAAAGCGAGUCCUGGUGGUUAUCGUUUCAUAUGGAAAGAAGUUUUCAUUUACCCACAAAUUAAACUCAUUUUCAUGUGAAAGGUUUGUGCCCGCUUUGAUAAAAAGGCUAAGCGCAAUUCGAAAAUGGGUUAUGGACACCGCUUUUGUGGUCACCCUGCCCUUAUAAAUGUAAACAAAAAAUGUUUUCUUACGAGAACAUUCAACUCCCAUAUAGGAUUGCCUUGAAACACCAACGAUAAUAGGUAGCUUAUAGCAACGAAGACAGCGAUAACAACUGGAGCGUCAAAAAAGCAAUGGCUUUUGUAAGCAAAACGGUACAUAUCUUUGCCGUCAGUGCACAACUACGACGUAAAAUACCCGUAUACGACGUUUUAUGGAGGACGUAAACACGAGACGACGAAUUUUCUUUUUCUCCUGAUUUUAAACUUGGGUGCCGUCCCAGAGAAUUCACCUAGAUUUGAGAUUUAAUCUCCAGUACGUUGUAAUAAAUGCGAAAAAACUGAUAAAACGCUGCAGUUUACCACUGGUCCUUGCUCUUGUACAUAACAGAAUACUCAACAGGUGACCAGUAAAGAAUAGAACAAGCUACCUGCGGGUCCGUGUAUUUCAGUAAAGGGGAAAAUCAAGGAAAAAUAAAGACUUUUGUUGUUGUUCCUUUUAUUGUACCGUUGUCGUUUCGAGCCAAAAUUGCCCUCAAAUUAAAAAAAACAUACCGUCUUUGUCUGCUAAUUUGCAUUAAGUAUAAAUUUUGCCGUCUAUGCCAUAAGAAUAAUCUAAAAUGUUAAGGGACGGGCAAUAGGGAGGUUACUCAGCAAAAAAGCGAGCUCACAGGACUGGAGGACCGUCUUGUCUAAGUUCAAUUUUCUUUCUCUCAGGUUUUUGGUUUUAUCCUUCUGUUGCGUUCGAGAUUAAGCUUAGAUUAUUACGGCAGCAAUUUUUUCCACUACAAGAGUCUUUUUCACCUUGGACAACAUGAUAUGAUUAGAAAUUGUUUUCUGCAUGACGCUAAUUACAAAACUGCUCCUUUAAUUUAAGUUGCUUGCUUGAAGCCAAAACAAUGAACGCUUCAUUCUUAGAGAUUUGCACCGUCUGUGUUUCCUCCACAACAGUUUGAACAGCGUCAAAUUUGCGAACAACCAGUUCAACGCGAGACGUUCUUACAUUACCUUGAUCUUCAUGCGCACCCUUGAUUACGAAAACUGCCUACAGAUAAAGAAAUAUCCUCGCCGUCUUCUAAUCAGCAUGAAGACAUUUCUCCCUGUUUUAAUUUUGUGAAAGGUUUAAACCCAGGAGUCAUUUCAAAAGUAGGUUGAGUUUGAUCGUCCGGGUGUACGUAGUCCUGAAUAGGACUGUUGUUGUUGACAGUGACUGACGUUUCCACAACCUGUGCGGUAGUCAUCUUCAGAGUCAAAGUGAGUUGUAUCACGUCAGUUGAUGGUAUAAUACUCUGGUUAUUGAUCUGAUUGGUCAAUUACGUCGCGAUGUUAUUGGUCGUCUGUCAGUUAAGCCGUGAUGUUAUUGGCUAUGAAGACUCGUAAUAAGUAAUUGAUGCGUUUCGAUCCGUCUAUUGUCACAGUCAAACAGUGACGUCUAUUGUUAGUCAAAUUGUCAGUUCUACAGUCGUUCUCUCUUUUUCUUGAAGGUUUGUGUGUGUGCCGGUGAACAAACGAACUCAAAAUUUAUUCCCGUAUCUCUGAGAUAAUUUUGAAAAAAAAAAAAGAAAAAGUUUGUUUCGUGAGUUCCUCUUUUGUCCUUCAUUGUUACAGUGUCGUAGCGUAGAUUUAGAUGCAAGCCAGUAUACUUUAGGUCUUAUUUUCGUGACUUCACCAUAUGGAACAUCACCUGCUUCUAAGCUUUUAACUUCCUAUUUUUGACCACCCAUCGCAAUUGUCGUUAAUAUAUUUUUCCAUUUCCAAAUAAUUUUGACGGAGCGGCUUCCGCGGUAAGAUCGCACCGCCGGGUAACUUCAUAACAAGUUACCAAACUUAGCCAUGAAGAAACUACUCUGUGGUAAAAUCACAACUGAGGCAAAGGUUUGUGAGGGUUUAUACAAUUAAGUGGCCCUGACAACGUAACUUUGAACGGUUAAGUUGAAUUACAAAAGAUUCACAGCUAUCCCUGCCUGACCGGCCAUGGUUUCGCUAUCUGCUCUUGCCAGUUGUAGCUGUAUGUCUAUACACUUUACCGUAUAGCUCUUUAAUACGCCGGCACGAAAAUCAUUUCGGAUAGCGGCUUGUUCACAUAAAACACCGGUGAUUUUCAUACAACGCGACUUCUGUAACAAAUUAAAGCGAAGCUGCGCCACGUCGAUGGUGAAAGUAGGGGUAUAGAAUGGUACCUCGAAAAACUGAAACCAGGGUCUCGCAGUCUCGAAUUUACCAUUCUUUUCCCCCGAAAGUGGAUUGUCACAUAUUGGAUAGGUGUUUAUAGUGCAUCGUUUGCUUUGUCAUGUCGACAUGAAUAUCUCUCCGGCUUGUGUCGUGUACACAUUGCAUAGCCUUAAAAUCCGACAACAUUAAUUAAUAGACCGUUUUACCGAUACGGCAGCCAUAUUGAAUUAAUUCGAUUUAAGGAGUAUUAUAGGAUGCCCAGUGGGCAUGAGCACAUUUUGUUUGUAUUUUCGAGCGCUUUUCGGGACAUUUUUUCUUAAAGUUUUCUUAGAAUAAGAUUGUAAUGGGAAAAAAGAUCCUUGUACCGUGUUUGGAUGUAAUAAUGAUCGCCUUUUUCUAGUUUAGUAUUAGAAAUAUGGUCUUUCACUGUAUAUUUCUCGGGAAAAAGGCGAUCAUUAUUACAUCCUAACACGGCACAAGGAUCUUUUUUUUUCCAUUACAAUCUUAUUCUAAGAAAACCUUAAGAAAAAAAUGUCCCGAAAAGCGCUCGAAAAUAUAAACGAAAUGUGCUUAUGCCCCCUGGGCAUCCUAUAAUACUCCUUAAAUCGAAUUCAUUCAAUAUGGCCGCCGUAUCGGUAAAAAGGUCUAUUGACGUACUGAGCUGUUUGUCGUCGCUAUUAAUCAAUGAAAAGCGGAUCUUCCUUGAAAAGCCAAAGGCUUAAAGGGGCUGCUAAAUACUAUGAUCUUCUACCCCUAUUUAUAUGCACCGAAAGGAAUUUUUUGAAUUAGAUACCAGUGCUUGAGGAAAAAUUCAUCUUCAAAUUCAGGUAUACGUCAUUUUGGAGGAAAAGGGCACAUUUAAAGAUUAACACUAGUAAACCGUAAUUCAUUUCCGUCGCUGUACAAAACUGUGAAUUAACAAAUCAAACAAUCGCAAAACACAGGAUACAAAUUAUGGACCAUCUGACUUUAUAAGUAUGUCUGUAUUCCUUUAGGUUUUGGUUACCGACAUGAUGUGUUACAAUAUAUAGAAAUGGGCGAAAGAUAAGCAUUUGGUCGCGUACAAUUAUUGCUCAUUGUUACCUCCCGUUCGCUUUACGUUUGGUAAUUGUAUACAGAGGAAAAACCCUGUUUGAGCUGAAAAGAAACCCCGGUAUAGAUUUCUUGUGUGGUGAUUUGUGAAAUAAAUGGCCAAUGCAAUACCUAAUAGCUAACAAAGCGCUAAUUAAUAUUGUCUUCACACAGAUUACUUGGGAGUAACACGACUUACAGCCUUCAGCCAUGUCUGAGGAGUCGGCUGCUGUCGCAUUAACAACAAUAAAUUCCAUAUUAAUUAUCACCUGCAUCGUGGGAAACUGUUUCGUCUGUGCUGUAGUGAUGAAAAAUCGACAAAUGAGGUAAAUUUGAAGUAGCAGUUGCUAACCUAAAUACCUGAUCGUAUUUAUAGCAAAGGUGCAUGAUGGAUUAGUAAAACGCAGAAAGUGAUUUUAAGAAUAUCUCCAGGGGUUGUUGAUUUUAUGCACUGUUUGACUUCAACAAGGUUUAUUUUUGAGAUCAACCAAAACCAGUUGAAUUACUUGAGAACGACUUUUUCUUAGAAAUCCCAAUGAUCUCCGCUUUUAGCCUUGGCUAAAACGAUAUAUUACCAGUAACAGCCGACCAUAUUAUUCCACAGGACACCCAUCAACUAUCUCCUUAUCAACCUGGCAGCAGCGGACAUCUGUUACGUAACAUUUAUUACACCAAGUAUUAUUUUAAGCCACGAUGUCGACCAUCCAAAGGGGAUCGCUGGGACAAUUUUAUGCGCAGUUGUAACAGAGGGAGGAUUAGCAUGGACUGGAGCGGAGGCCUCAAUAUUUACACUACUUGUUGUUGCCUUUGAACGAUANUGA